CAUACUCCAAUCCAAUAGGUGGUGGAAAAUGCUAACCACCAACCACCAUUUAAAUAACAGAAGAAGACGACUCGCUUCUCGGUCCAAUCGAGGGGUUGAGGGUCUGUCUAAAUAAACAGAGUUAAAGGCAGCCCGGAUCCUAUCAGACUGAGAAAAAGAAGCAAGCAGGAGGAAUUAUUUCAGGAGAAACUACUGACAUACUUAUGUAAAGAUGGAGUUUGAGGAAGAGCCCUGCAGAAUAAAAGAUGAAGAUACAGAAGAACAAACAGAUCCAAUGGAAGUGAAUGAAGACAAACAGCAUUGGUUUCAAAAACCUUAUCACUUCAUAAAUGAAGAUGGAAACCCUGUCAUUUCACAGACUGAAAGGAAUUUCACACAGAUAAGUGCUGGUGUCAAAGGACCUUUCUCCUGCUCUGACUGUGGAAAGAGUUUCAGACAUAAAUCAAUCCUUAAAAUACACAUGAGAAUUCACACUGGAGAAAGGCCUUAUAUAUGCACUCAGUGUGGAAAGAGUUACAUGCGUAAAUCAGACCUUAACAAACACAUGAGAUUUCACACUGGAGAAAAUCUGUUUGCAUGCACUCAGUGUGGAAAGAAGUACGUUGAUAAAAGAGCCUUAAAUGUGCACAUGAGUAUUCACACUGGAGUAAAACCGUUCACAUGCACUCAGUGCGGAAAGAGUUUCACAUCCAAAAAAGUUCUCCAAGAUCAUCUGUUCUCUCACUCUGAAGUGAAGUUAUUCAGCUGUGACCAGUGUGAUAAAACAUUUACUUUCGCGUCAGGCUUAAGAGCGCAUAUUAAAGUUCAUGCAGAUGUGAAGCCUUACUUUUGUUCUUUUUGUGGAAAGAGUUUUCCACUACUGAAAACUUUACAAGUUCACCAGCGUAUUCAUACUGACGCGAGACCUUAUAUUUGUGUUGACUGUGGGAAGACCUUUAUUAAAUUGGACAAAUUAAUAACACACCAGAGAAUUCAUACUGGAGAGAAACCGUAUGAGUGCUCGUACUGUGGAAAGAGUUUCGCUCUGUCAGGAAACCUGAAAUAUCAUGAGAGAGUUCAUACUGGAGAAAAACCUUACAAGUGCUUACUCUGUGGAAAGAGUUUCGCUCAGUCAGGAAACCUGAAAGAUCAUGAGAGAGUUCAUACUGGAGAGAAACCUUACAAGUGUUUACUCUGUGGAAAGAGUUUCGCUCAGUCAGGAAACCUGAAAUAUCAUAUGAGAGUUCAUACUGGAGAGAAACCUUACGAGUGCUCACACUGUGGAAAGAGAUUCGCUCAGCCAGGGAACCUGAAAGAUCAUGAGAGAGUUCACACUGGAGAGAAAUGUUUCGAGUGCUCGCACUGUGGAAGGAGUUUUGCUCGGUCAGAAUACCUGAAAGCUCACGAGAGAGUUCAUACUGGAGAGAAACCGUACGAGUGCUCACACUGUGGAAAGUGUUACUCUCGUUCAGAAACCCUGAAAGCUCAUGAAAGAAUUCAUACUGGAGAGCAGCCGCACCAGUGCUCUUCAUGUGGGAAGAGUUUCACCCAAUUAUCUACUCUACGGACUCAUGAGAAAAAGUUUUGCCUGAAGGUGUCUAAUGAGCAAAGUUCUUGUUCAGACAUGACGGAUUACGCAAAAGAAAUGGAAUUACCUUUAAUAGAGUAAUUUAAUCUAAAAUUAGUAGUUAAGUUUGAUUGACAAGGGGAACCUUUGGGGAAGGUGAAAAUAGUAGUUUAUAAAUCUAGCGUGUUGCCAUUAAACAUUAUGAUUUCUGAAGGGGUGCUUUUUGUUUCUUUGUGGAGUGUAAUUAUUUUUAUUGUACAUAUGAGGCAUUUGUGAAACAAUGGCAACUAGUCUCUAAAAUGCCAUUCAUUUAACAAACAACUUGUUUUUAGUCUCACUGUUUAGUGGUGAUGCAUUGAAGACUUUAUUGGAUUGAAAUCACUCUCUGCACAUUGUGAAAAUGUGAGAAAUAAAAAUGAAAAAACUUA